AAGUUUUCUUCAAUAUACAUUAUCGAUUCUGUCUUUGUUUCUUUCUAACAUCUAGCAAUCAAUGUUUCUAAACGUUCCAAAGCCCUUUACGUCAAAAUAACGCUCAAGUACAAACAAAACUCUGUCAAGUCGCUGGAACGCUCACUCGCUAAACAGUAUUUCGUUUCUCAUGAUUGGUUGCGCGCUAUAGGGAUUUCUUUCAGUUUUGUGUUUAUUUUUGUUUUUAGAAGCUUGACGGUUUUUAUUGUUCAGUGGUAAUAUUAAGUAGUGUUGAAAAUGUGGGACAAAAUCAUUUACAUGAUAGUGAUAAUCGUAGUAACGUACAUCUUGAAACAAUUAUUUUCUGAAACACCGAAUUUCGUGAAAUUUAAAUCAAAAUUCCUCGUCUUUUACAUCUGGACUUCUGUAACCGCGGUGAUAUUGUUGCCGUUUUUUGUGUUCAAUCCGAAAAACGUAAAGAAUUCCCUAUUUGGAUCUCAAAUAGUAAAACAUGUAACCAAAGUAAUAGAAGUGAAGUGGCUAUUGAGAAAUGGAAAAGUAUUAGCUGAAGACCGCGGAGCUGUGGUAGUGUCUAACCACCAAUCAUCAAUUGACAUUCUAGGAAUGUUCAACAUUUGGCAUGUGGCAGACAAAGUAGCUGCUAUAGCGAGGAAAGAAAUAUUUUAUGUGUGGCCGUUCGGCCUGGCUGCGUACCUAGCAGGAGUUGUGUUUAUUGACAGAAAUAACUCUAAAGAUGCUUACAAGCAGCUGAAAAUUACUUCAGAAGUCAUGAUUAAAAAUAAGACGAAGAUUUGGCUGUUCCCUGAGGGAACAAGAAACAAAGAUUUCACGAAACUGCUGCCAUUUAAGAAGGGUGCAUUCAACAUCGCGGUUGCUGCCCAAGUGCCAAUCAUCCCUGUUGUGUUCUCACCCUAUUAUUUCAUUAAUAGAAAGAAAUACAUUUUUAAUAAAGGGCAUGCAGUGAUACAGUGCUUAGAGCCGGUCCCAACAGUUGGACUGACCAUGGAAGAUGUACCAGCGUUAAUAAACAAAGUACGCAACACUAUGGAUGCGGCAUACAAGGAACUAUCAAAAGAAGUGCUGAGCGCCUUGCCACCGAACUACCCUCUCGCCACGGAUUGAGUGCCACAUACGCAUAGCUGGUACGGCUAUAAAUAAAUUUAUAAUCACUAUACUAUUAAGCUUUUAGGUCGGCAAAAUAAUGCUGGUUCAUGAAAUGUUUGUACUAUAUACCUAUAGCGAGCAUUCCAAUCGCAAGAAAUAUGAAUAUUUCUGUGAUUUUAUAUUAGGAAUUUAUAUCAUGUCUUACUAAUCUAUAAUAUUUAAGGCACACUUUUGUGUUAUUGCAAUCGUCUAACGGACCACCACAUUGACUGGUGAAGUGACUUUUAUUAGAUUUGUAUUUUUUAGGAAUCUAGUAAAAACGUGAAUGACAUAGACGAAGUCACUCAAUCGAUAGUUGCACAUUAUAGUCAGUAUUUUAUUUAUGUAAACUUGUACGAAGUAUUAUUUUUAUAAAAUUUAUAUUAGUUCUAUUUUUUCUUAUCUAUAUAGGCUGUGGCCAACACUUGAAAAGCGUUGGUCAAGCCAGAGCAUGUCAUAAUACGCCUUUACAGUAAGGACGACUCGAGGCUAGGAAUGUUCGAGGAAAUUUGUAUCAAAUAGAAUACCGUAGAACGUUAAGGAACAAUCUAAAAACAUUAAUUAGCAAGCAUCAGAUGAUUGAGUUGCGACAGGCGGCACGUCGUGGCAAUCAUUUGUACUUUGUUGACCUUUUUUUUGUAUUCAAAUCACACUUGCAGUGUAGCUGUUUGUUUCUGCAUCGAUGCAGUGUGGAAUUUUAAUCACUCGUUAAGCAACGUCGCACAUACAACUUGACUGAAGCUAUUACCAUUUCAGUAUUUGAACGAUGUUCUACUGAUGAACUACUUUUUUUUUUGUUUAGUUAUUAGCUAUACUUACCGCAGUAGUGUUGUGUUGAGAAAUUCUUGUUUAUAGAAAUUCGUUCUCAAUAUUAAAGCGCACAAUAUGUACUUUAUUGAAUUUCAUUGUACGGAUAUAAACAAGUAAGAUAGAAGAUACCAAGAUAAAACAAACUUCAAUAGACAAUUAAAAGGGUUCCGUUUUUCUUUAUGAGUUACGAUACCCUACAAACUUAGAUACGAGAUUAUAGUGAAUAACAUAAUAUUUCAUGCUGGUGCAAUAAGCUUUGGUUUUAAAUCCAUUCCAUUAUCAGGGCGCAUAACGCCACAAAAGAUCAUUUAAAAAAUCUUUACUUCAGUGAAAACUCACAGUUUGAGUCUACAAUACGUACUAUAUCAGUUGGUGAGCUAUAAAUAAGUUGUGUAAUACGUAAUCACCUAAGCGUUCAGCCAGCUGUAUUUACAGAGUAUCAAUAAACCACGAAGUUAUCUAACAAGCCGUCGUGAAUAAGAUCGAUACUUUCCUCGCACUAUUUUACUAAAAAAUAUAACCCUUCUUCAGUUGGGUAAAAAAAGGCCUCCACUCACUGGGUAGUAACAUUCCAUAAAGAUCGCCGUCACAACAAAUGACGGUAUGUCGAGUUUGAUUGAUUACUAUUAAAUACCAUUUGUCUAAGUAAUUAUCUAGUGUACGUACACGUCAAAGGGUGUACAUAACUAUGUUAUGAUGUGACACUAUAGCGGUAAGACUACCUAAGCUUUGGCUUGAAUAUAUAUUUCGAUCGUACCAAUCUAUUGUUUGCGAUUGCAGAUUGAAAUUUGUCAUAAUUUAUUUGAAUCUAAUUUCAAAAUUAAAUCUCCUUUCGCAAAACAACGGAUAAAUCGGUUAUUGAAAUCUGCAGUAAACCUAUAUGCAUGCAUGUAUAAGCAAUGCACUCAGGUGACUCAGGAAUAUACGAUAGUCGGUGCUUGAAAUUCCACUUACGGUCUAGUGAGUGAAGGCCUUUUAUCAAUGUAAACUAAACAAUAUGCAUAACUUAAUAGUAUUUAAAACCCAGUAUUAUUUUAUCUUAAUUUUCGUAACGCUUUAUAGGAAUUUAUGCGCUUUUGUCGAACAUAAUUGCAUCGCCACUCGAUAUUUAGUUUAGGUAUAUUAUUAUAGAAAAUGUUCCUUGUAGCAGGAUAACCUUAAUUUUACUUUCUAGUCAUGUAAACGACUAACUUUUGAAUCGUAUGAUGUGCUUUGCAUUGCCCAGUGAUAUCGUAAUCACUAAGUCACUACACCUAUAGGUAAUCAAUUACUUGAUUUCGUUUUAACGCUCAUAUAAAUUCUGUACAUGUUUUAAGAAACGUAUUUUAAAUGGGAUCGUGAGAAAAUUCACGAAAAACAAACUUUAUAGGGAAACUUUCGCGCCUAUGUGGUAAUUUACAUCAUUAUGUAACCAAAUGCGAAGGCUAAUUUAUAAAAUUUGCAAUUCUUAUUGUUUUCUGCUCGUAAAAGUAAACAAGUUAAAAACCCAUCAACGUCCAUCGUUACGCCUCGUUAAUCGAUCCUUUAAGAUUUUUCCAAAAGUGAAUUUGAAUAUCGGAAGUUACCUAAUUUUGUUGAGAAACUCUUAACGAUAUUUGUUAUUUGUGUAUGAAGGUGGUUUAUAGGUGUAUUUUGUAUCUACAAAGUUUUGAAAAGUAUGUGUAUUGUAAUAUAUCUAACAGUGCCAUUUGAAAUUAGGCGAUUACCCAUCUUUUAUAAAUGUUAUGUAAAGAUUAUUCACACUCAAGAGGCAUAUAUCUUUAGUCCGUUAACAACGGGAUUACCCAAUACUUACAACAAAACUAUCGAAUUUUGUCUUAUCGUCUGCAGUAUAAUGAUAAUAAGAAUAAAUUAUUCGUAUCAAUUUUUUGAUAACAUUAAUUUAUAAUUCUACAUUAUAAUACUAAAUAUUUCAUCAUAAUAUUUUUAUAAUAAUUUUAAGUAGUUUUCAAUUUUACAAUCUGUGUAAUUAGAACUGUUUUAAAUAUUUAACUAAAAGGAGAUUAACUAAAUUGGUUACGAAGAAAUGUAACCACCAAAGAUUUUUUUUUGCAUUGGUAAAAUUUUAUUAGAGUACUUUUUACUAAUAAGCUUUGCUAAAAACUACCAAAGAAAUUUUCCAUAUCUUAACAAACAUUUGAAAAAACCUUUACCUAUUUAACUUCUAUGUAUGCAUAUAUCGUAAGUAUAUAAGUUUGUCAAAAUUCUUUAUUAUAAACCAUUUCAACAAAGGGCUGAAUGAACUUCUGCUCAAUCAAUGCUGUACUCUGCUUUAGCUCAAUAUUAUAAAUACGAUAUUAUCUGAAUAAAUUUUGUGUAAAUGUGUUAUUAUUAGUUACCUAUAAGUCCUGUAGUGCUGUAUAGUCAACAUCUACUUCAUACAUGUAAAUUAUUCGGAGUUGACACUUACAGUUAUAGUGCUUGUACCUAAGCUUUUCUUCUGUUUAAAAUGUCGUCAUAAUAUACUUGCAAGUAUAUAAUUAAUGAUUCAAUGUAAAUAAAUGCUUUUAUCAUGCCAUUCGAUAUUAAUAAUGUAGCCGCCAUACUACCGAUUAUGUGUAUUUAAGUUAGAAUAUUUUACGCAAUAUUAUGAAGCUUUUCGAAUACUUAAUAUGUAGUAUUAAUAAUGAUUGUACCUAUAUCUACGUCAUGUUUCUACAUAUUUUACAAAUAAUUCUUCUAGUAAAUAGCCUCUGAUAUAGGUAUUUGUAUCCAAAAAUAACUCUGUCAAUGUUACUGUCGAUUUUUUGUUAUAGCUUGGCAAAUUGGUUUGUGGCGUACCCACAAUAAGAUCAAUCGAUUGAAAAAUUAUAUAUCAAUUGUAUUAGCUAUCAUUUUACCACGUCAUACUUUCAUUUAUAACUUAAAAAAAUAUGGGCAAAAUUCAACAUCGUGAACUGUCUAGUCUAUGGUAUUAGCAAAAUAAUAAAUACUAACUAUUCAUAAUACCGCUUUGGUCUAGUGGCCUUUUUUGCUGUUUUCCCUUUUUUGACAAACUUUAUUUUUGAACUUGAAUGAAAGGGACAGUUUAACAGCUAAAAGAGGUUAAGUGCCCUCAAUCUUUAAUUUAUUUUAUAGGUUUUAGUUUAUUCCAGUCAUUUGUGUUAUUCCACAGUUUGUAGCACGAUGCUUCACUUUUUAAUUAUAUGUGUGGCAGGCGUCACAGAAAUAAUUAGUGCUACACUUCCCCCAAGAUAUAUGAAGCUUCUAAAGGGUUUUAGAAUAACAUAUCAUACAAAUACCCGGAUUCCCUACUUAACUAGGGACCUUCUUUCAUAUUUUCUAGUAAGUCCAGCCACUAAUACUUAACCGGCAACUUACUUGAGACUGUCAUAAGAUUGUUAAAGCGACAGUAAGAAAACAUUUGAUACUACAUUUUAAUUGACAGCAAAUAAAAAUGUUGUUCCUAAAAAUUCACGAAACUACUAAAUCUUUUAAAAAUUAUUAUAAUUUGACAUAAAUAUUAAGGUUAUUUAUCAAAUUGGUAUCUAAUUGUAUAUCAGUGUACUCGUAUAUGUGCAAAUAUUGUGAUGAUGUAUCUAAAAUACUAUUAGUAAUUAAAUGUAUUCGUGUGACAAUUCAGUAGAAAAAAAACGACGAUGAAAUGUAUAUUUUUACAUAUUUUCGUAUGUGAAAUCUUUUAAUAAAAAGAAAUCACAGGGUAAA